AACGGAAAUAUUUGUCUGUAUUGAAGAAUUGAAAAGAAAAAAAAAUUAGUCUGGCAAAUGUUUGCACCUUUUUUGCUAUUUUAUUUUUUCCACUGUCUGCUCAUAGCUUUCCUAGCUCCUGGCCUGAUGAAAGUCAGUUUUUGCUUUAUUUUUUGUUGCAAAAUCAUAAACCUCGCACGCUCGGUUACAAAAAGGAGAGGCUUGUUACAUGUAAUGAGGUGGAAAUUUUAUUCUGGAAAGAGAAGUGAAAACUUAGAGGAGGGAGAAAACAUUCACUGAAUUAAAAUAUGUCAGCGCUCUGAUGAGAUGGACCAAAACGGUUGUCAAGGGACCGUUAGCAACGAGUCAGCCAAUCAGCACUUAGUUUCUCACUCGUUCGAGCAGCAAAACAGUUCGAACACUGGUUGUGUUCAAAAUGCCGCCAGUAAAGACGCAGAAAAAGGUUCGCCCUUCCACCGCUUCGGGGGCAUUAGAAUCUCACGAGUUUGUUGACUUACUGGACGAUCUUAGACCAGCCACUGCGCCGGGGAAAAAUUUACUGGGACUCGAUCCUACGUAUGUUACUUCGAGACAUCAUGUUCCUGGGGUCCCGAUCACUUCGAAGUUAAGAGGAAGACAAAUUUUUGGUGGCAUACCCGAGAAUGAUUUGAAAGGAGCACAAGGAAGGAGAGCUACUUUGGGUGGCUUGGAAGAUGUCGAGGAACAUGAAAAACCAAAGAGACCAGCCACUGCCGUCGGAGUUUCAAAGCAAAUCAAGCUUGAGGACAGAAUUACUCUGGACCACUUGAAUAAAAUGAGGCAAGCUUUUGAGGAAGCGGACUCAGAUGGUAAUGGCACUCUGGAUCUGGAAGAAUUCAAAGAUGUUAUCACCAAUCUAUUUCAUUUUAAAUUCAAGAAUGAAGACCAGGUUACUGCUCUUUUCAUGAAAAUUGAUUCUUCAUCAGAUGGGGAAAUAAACUGGGAUGAAUUCUGCACUUUUAUGCAGCUUGAAUAUGCUGAGAAAGAGGAUUCAUACUUACGUUCUAAAGAGACUGCUUUCACUCUGCCUGCGAUUAUUGCAAUGAGUGAAAACUCCAACUCAUCUCAGAGGGAACAUGUUAUACGACUAUGUAAUACGGCAGACAACAACUUCCUUGUCGUCAGCAAGGAUGGUCUUGUCUCAUUUUGGUCCCAAAAUAUGGAGUUUAAAAGAAUGAAACAUGCUCAUGUUGAAAACUCAACUAAGAAAACUAAGUGGAUAACAGAUUUUGUACUUAUGCCUCAUUUCAACAAAUUUAUUAUUUCAACAGGGGAUAGGGAAAUUCAGUUCUUUGAAUUAUCGACAUUUGAGCCUUACUGCCAAAUCACUGGCUUAGAGACAACUCCCUUACGAGUUGAUUAUUGCUCAACAGGACAAGAUGAGUGUAUUAUUCUUUAUGGGGACAGUCAGGGAUGUGUAAAUAUAUUUAUUAUGAAUUCUGUGGGAGAGACAUUAAGAAAUUGGAAGAAAAUGCCAAAGGUUGAAGGAAUAGCUAGUGUAAAUAUAGAUAGUGUUGUAAAUUCUGAUAAUGCAAGAUUUACUUGCAUCAGGUGGAAGGUUCAUGCAGACUGGGUCUCGCAGCUCAAGUAUUAUGACUCUUUGAGAGCAGUCAUCUCUUGUUCUAAUCACCCAGACACUGCCUUGGUUAUCGGUCAUACAAUGGGCAGUACACAUGUAGAAUCACAACUUCGAGAUCCCACGGGUGCCUCAAAGAAAGUGCAAAACUCAACUGCUCGUGAUAUGCAACCGAGGCGGCGUAUGGACAGUGAUCAAACUGUGUUUAAAGUGUACAAAGGAGUCAAGACUUUCGACUUUUGCAAAGAAAAGAACGUGAUUGUAACUGGAGGAAUGGAUAGGCUUGUCCGGUUAUGGAAUCCUUAUGUUCCAGGUAAACCUACGGGUCUUCUCAGGGGACACACAGCGCCAAUAUUUCAUUUAUUUAUUUGUCCUGAGGACGACAGAAUAUUCAGUGUAGCUACGGACAAAACAGUCAAGGUGUGGGAUCUUCACGAUCACACGUGCUUACUGACUGUCCGUCCCAAGGCACAUAAGAUCAGAGGCGACCUGGCUGCCAUUCAUUACAACUACUCUAGUAGAGGCCUUGCUGUUGCUACAUCCGAACAAAUAGCUCUUCUACCACUCAAGAGCAGGAAUUCAUCAAAGGACAUGAUAACAACUCAUAAGGAGCCAGUCAUGUGUGUGAGGUACAACAAAAGCUUUAAACAUGUCGUCACUGCCUCGGAAAGCUCGGUGAUAAAAGUGUGGGAUUUGGAAACGGGACGUUCGGUGUUUGAAUUCUCUCAAGCUCAUGGAGAUCAUGCCGUCACUUGUAUGAGCUUUGACUCUACAGAGAGAAGAUUAAUUACAGGCGGUAGAGAUGGCAGGCUAAGAAUAUGGAACUACAACAAUGGACACUGCCUCAGAACACUUGAAAAAAAGAGCGAUGUUGACGAAGUAGCAGAUUUAACCUACCUGGUCUUAAAUAAAAACAGAUAUAUCAUCUCUGUAGGCUGGGACAGAAGAAUUAACUUAUUUUCUGAUGAUAAUGAAGAUUUUCAUCACGUUCAACACCCUUAUGCUUACUGGAAAGACGACCUGGUCAACGGACAUAAGGAGGACAUCUUGUCGAUAGCAGUCAGUCCACCAAACCUUCUGGCAACAUCAAGUUAUGAUGGAGAGAUAAUCAUCUGGAAUCAGAUUUCAGGCCAUAUCUUCUGCCACAUACAUUCACCCCGUGCUUCCAGAGAGAACGGGGAGAUUUCCUCGCGAGAUCUGGAUGGUGGAAAUGCCAUUGGUAAGAUUUUAUUCUUGAAAGCAAGAGCCAUGAAGAAAGAUGCCGCCACCUUGGUGGCCAGCGGACCACAAGGUCUGGUUCAUUUCUGGAAUAUCUACACAGGCGGAACUCUUUAUGCUACGUUUUGUCCAUCCAGGAAUGGUGUAACAACCAUGACGUCAGUUGCCAAGGAUACCAGACUGGUCACCGCUGAUUCGGCAGGUUUCAUCUCCAUCUGGGAUGUAGAAGAUUACUGCAUGAAGACAAAAACAACUGAACCUCCAGAACGUUUGUUUUUCUGGCGUGCCCAUGUGCAGAGUAUUACAAGUAUUGAGCCAGUAGAUAUUUGGAAUUGUGAAAUUCUCCUGACAGCUUCUUUAGACUGUACCGUCAGACUCUGGACCAUGGAAGGACAUUUUGUUGGAACUCUUGGUCAACCUAAAAUCUGGGACAUUAGGAACCCGGUAUCUUAUCAACACCCCAUGGCUCCGUAUGAUGUGUUGGUGGACCCCCAUACUCUGCCAAAUCUUCCCAAGAAAUAUAAACAUGAAGAAACAGCGCCAGAUGACACUAACGAUACUGACAUAGAAAAUGAGUUGGACUCCCCAAUUCCGUAUGUUCCAAGUUUUCAAGCAAAGGAUUCGCUGGUAAUUGACGAAAAAGAUAUUGCGGCAGAGUUGAAGAAGUCGCCUUGGAGGGAGGGAUGUGGAAAAAGAUUACGCCACGAGAGGCUCAAGAAAGUUCCUAGAGAUAUGGGCGGACCAAAUGCCUAUCAAACGUUGACAUGCUUUGAGCUGGAAGACACGCCUCCUCUGCCCAACCCCCCCUCGUCCUCGUCCAUCGAUGAUCCGUUUGAUAUUAGAAUAUAAAAAAGUAUUUUCAAAUAGUGGGACAGUGAUGCUAAACGUCUAGUUUGUGUCUCUAAAAGCACAAUUUUUUCAAGACCGAGAAGUGUUUUGGAGAUGUAUUAGAGAAUUACAGUAAAAACAAUAUGCGAAAUGGGACGGGAUAACUUCAGAUUAAAUUGACUUACACUUUGCUUUACUUUAAGAAUUUCUGUCCCACGAUCUAUGGCCUAUACCCGUCUAACUAUAAUUCAAAAAAUAAUAUCGACCUUGAAAUGUUAUUUAUUUAUUU